UGGGGGAGGCGGAGUGGUUUCGGCUUCCCGCGGCUUUUUCCUCUCAGGCUCAAAUAGUUCCCGCCGUUCCGGGAGCGACCCGCUCGCUGCAGAGGGGAGGAAGCGCCAUGUCAAAGAAAAGGGGGCUGAGUGUUGAAGAGAAGAGAACUCGGAUGAUGGAAAUAUUUUUUGAAACGAAAGAUGUAUUCCAGUUAAAAGACAUUGAGAAAAUUGCUCCCAAAGAGAAAGGAAUCACUGCUAUGUCAGUGAAGGAUGUCUUACAGAGCUUAGUUGAUGAUGGUAUGGUGGACACUGAUAGGAUUGGGACUUCCAAUUAUUUUUGGGCUUUUCCAAGUAAAGCUCUUCAUGCAAGAAAACGUAAACUGGAGGAACUGCAGAAUGAGUUCUCAGAAUAUUUCCAGAAGAAAAGGACCUUAGAAGAAAGCAUUGAAAAAUCAAAAAUUGGACGUCAAGAUACUGCAGAACGUACAGCACUAACAAAGGAACUUACUGCCCUUCGACAGAAGAAAGACCAACUAAAGGCAGCAAUAGAUAAAUAUAAAGAAUGUGAUCCAGAUAUUGUUGAAGAAAUCCGUCAAGCAAAUAAAGUAGCUAAGGAAGCAGCCAACAGAUGGACUGAUAAUAUCUUUGCAGUAAAGUCUUGGGCCAAACGGAAGUUUGGAUUUGAAGAUGGCAAAAUUGAUAAAACUUUUGGUAUUCCGGAAGACUUCGACUAUAUUGAUUAGUAUGUUUAGAAAGGGUGGCACAUAAUUUAAUAUUGUUAAAGAGGUUCUGUUUUCAUUCUGAAGUUUCAUUUCCUUUCUUUCCAACUACUGUUUGUAUUUUGGUUAAUAAAAUGUGAAAAUAUACUGAAAAA